CUCCCGCCGGUGAGCGAAUGAGCCCCCGCGGCCCCGCCGUGCCGAGCGGGUGCCGGUGGGGCUCGGCCGUGACCAUCCCGGGGCUCGUCGCCCUCCCCGGCGGGAUCCGGGAGAGCCGGGCUGGAGGGGGAAGAUGCUGCCGGGAUCCAUCCAGAUCUCCGGGGAGACGCUGUCCGGGGCGGAGAUCCGCGACAUCUGCCAGAGCCUGCGGGAGAACUCGGUGCGGCUGCUGUCGCUGCGGGGCUGUCAGCUCUCCGAGCGCGACUUCGGGCAGGUGUGCCGCGGCGUGGCCGAGUCCCGCUCCCUCGCCCAGCUCAACCUCAACCUGGGCAUCGUCUCCAACAUCAACCGCGUCAAGCAGCUGGCCGAGGCCCUCAAGGCAAACCGCUCCGUCCAGUCCCUCUUCCUCCAUGGGAGUCCCCUGACAGAUGCAGGCUUGGCCCUCCUUAACCCUGCUCUCUCCAUCCACCCUUCGCUGGUGGCUCUGGAUCUAGGAGACUGCAUGCUGGGUGAUGAAGGCAUCAACCUUAUUUGUGGACUCCUGCCACCUGAUGGGGCCAAGUCCGGUCUCAAAGAGCUAACGUUGAGCGCCAACCCAGGUGUCACAAGCAAAGGCUGGGGGCGCUUGGCUAUUGCAGUGGCUCACAGCUCACAGCUCCGCGUGCUGAACCUGGACUACAAUCCCCUAGGUGACCAGGUAGCAGGGAUGCUCGCCGUUGCUGUGGCCUCCAGUAGAACCCUUGAAGUUCUGGACUUGGAGGGGACAGGACUUACCAACCAGUCAGCCCUGACCCUGCUGGACAUGGUAGAGAAUUACCCCACAGCCCUACGGACACUCAUCCUGGCAGAGAACAACAUUAGUCCUGAGCUGCAGCAGCAGAUCUCUGACCUGCUCUCAGAAGGUGAGGAAGAAGAGGAGACAGAGGCUCGUGAAGUCACAGCCAGGGAGAAGAACCCUUGGAUCUGCCAGAACAAUUCCAGCUCCCAGAUGGUCCUGAUGACGUCAGGUCUCGGUGACAACCUCUUAGCAGAAACAGAAAUGUAGCUGGGCUACCCUGCCUGCUUCUGCUGAAGAGCACUGUGCCUGUUGGGGGAGUGCGUGUCCGCCAGCUUUCUGCCGCCGGUGGGCUGCCCCAGCUGUCUUCUCACACAUUUCACGUCCUGUUGAUGCCUCCCUCGGUUCUUUGAGCACUGGAGCCUGGUCUGAGUGAAUCUCUACACGUGUCUCUGUUGUCACGUGCCCCAUCGGCUGCUUGUGGUUGUCCAGUUGCUGCAUGUGUAGCUCACGCUGCCCUGCCUCCCCUCUAUGCCCAGCUGUGCCCGCAGGGUGCGGGCUCUAUUUAUUCAGAUGUGUAUAAGAGAUGUUCUUUCUAUUGCUUGUACUGCUGUCACGAUGAGAGUUUUAUAAAGGUCACAGACGUGGCACCACUCA